UAGACUUCUUGGCAACCAACAAAGUGCUACACAACGUGUUAAAAUUUAUUAGAAAAUAAUGAUAUUUCAUAAGAAACAUAGUUAAACAUAUUAAAAGUAAUAGAAGUAUGUCUGAUGUUAGUUCUACAAGGUCUUUGCAARCUAAGCUGGCGGACUUGCACAUUUUUGUGGUUCCUGUAGAGCUCUGGCUUGACAAAUACCGAACAGCGUUCAAUAAUAUCGCUCUGGAGUCUGUUUCCGCUGGCUUUGUAAGAGUYCACCCGGAUUUAAGCCUUCAUCAUCUACGGGAAUGUCUCGAAGAGCAACUCGGSGAAGAAGUCAUUCCAGAAGAAUUCAUAUUCUUGAGAAGCGUUGGAAGAUGUAUGGCAAUUGUGAAACAAAACCAAGAACGUCUAUUGAAAGCAAAAGACUUUUUACCACCAACAGCAUAUAGUCCUGAGAUUUUUCUUCUUCCUGGCUCACAUGAAACCUAUGCCAGGCCAUCAACAGACUCUAACAAUGUGGUCAUAGCUACUCAAGGUCACACAACAGCUGGGAUGUCAACGACCAAUCCAUUUCAUCUACCUCUAAUCACCCAACAAAACUUGGUAACACAAYCUGGAUUUAUUAAUCAGCAAGGUUACCAWAGUAACCAACCUGGCCAAGAAGAAGGUUAUGGUUUCCAUAGAAACAAAUCUGAUCAGACUGGAAAUGGUAGCAUAGGAAAUCAACGAAAACAAUCUMAAAGUGACAGUUUUGACAGCGAGCGUUCGAGUAAUAGCUUAGAAGACAGCAAUAAUGGUGACCAUGGCAAYAAUACACGUCGUUUAAGCAAAGACUCUGAGGAUUCUGGGUACACUCCUAGGCGUCAGAAGAAAUCAUCUAUAGAAUCGAAAACAGAACCUAARAUUGAAGAACCAGAGAACCAUGUUAAUAGAGCAUCACCAGUCGAAUAUAAGACCGUCAAAAUAAUCGAACCACAAGUWGURCAUAGUGUUCCCUACCAGGGUCCUGAUGGGCGAUUAAUUGCUCCACCUACACCCAUCCCCUCAGGAAGGGUAAUUGCAUCGCCUUUGCCAGGUCCUCGAAAGAACAAAGGUGACAAAACUGAAAACAAUCCUAAAGAGRGUAAAAAGAAAAGUAAAAAGGGAAAAUUAAAACAACGUUCAAGGUCAUCGUCUUUGGAGAAACAAAAGGCUGACAAAACAGAAAACGCAGARAAAGUGGAGAUUGUACCAAUACAAGAUGASGUCAUUCCUACCAUUGAAGACGUGGAGGAUAGAUCCAAAUAUGCACAGUUUCCAUCUCCAGCUAAAUCUACCAGACCCUCUUAUCCUUAUGCUAAUGAGAAUGGAUUGGAUUCUGGGAUAGCUGAUGAUUCACUCGAAUCUUCACAAGAACUAAGUAAUUCCCUAAAUGGCGGUAAACUGAUGGCAAAUGAUGAAUUGAGCUUUGACAGACAAAACGGUUUCGAUGCGGCGGAAAAUGAUAAUGACAGAUUACAUCUUGAUGAAAGCGCACUUUUAAGCAAGGAAAGUGCACAAGCUACUAAUUCCAAUGCUGAAAAUAACAAACAAGACAAUAAAAAUAACAUUACCGCAAGUCAAACUACAGGGAAAAAUACUAAAAAUCCUAUUCGAAAACCUAAGAAAACUGUGAAAAAGACAGUGAAAAAGACAACUGAUGAUCUCGAUGAAAAGUUAAAAAAACUCAAAAAGGUUGAGCCACCCMCUGUYGCGGUUCCUGAUCCGCGUUCUGUAACGUUUGAAAGGGACACUCAUUCUGCYAAAGAGAGAAAACAGAAGAUAAUCGAAGAACUACGAGGUCAGUUGAGAAAGGCCAAGAAUGAGAGAGUAGACUUAGAGAAGCAACGGGAUCAGAAAGUCCGCAGAGCAAAGUCAUUGCAGACGCAGACUCUACAAAAGCGUAACCAAGCUAAGAACAUAUGGAAAAAGAAAUUUUUCGAUGAAAAACGGAAGACAGCUCCGUUGGAAGAGCAGUUGAAUCGUCUAAGAUAUGAUGUAGAGGUGCAGCACAAAGCMAUCSUUGACUUGUUAGAAAACAAAGAUCGAGAUGGAAUUAGAGGCAGCAAAGAGCAAGAUAAAACCCCAUCUGAAAAGACCAAUCAACUCAUGCUUCUUGCGCGAAUUCAGAGCGAAGUCGAAGACUUAAAACACAAGAUCGAAGAGCUUAAAAUGAAACUUGCAUCUGAAAUGAAGCUGCGAGACACCGCUCAACGAGAACUGAAGCAGCUACGCGAAGAUUUAGUCGAAAGGAAAAUCAAUCUAACCUURACGAAGAGUCAGAAAAGUCUAGUUGUACUAAACCCAGCAAACAUCACUGCACAGUAAUUUCAUCAUGAUCCAUAUAUGGAUAUUCACCAGUCACGUGACUUUAAAAUCGACCAAUGUCCAACGCACCAUAAUAUAAUGCAUUGCUAUUGUGUGUUAAAUUGUGUUACAAUUUAAGAGCGUAUAAAAAGCGAUUCGAUCUAAUAAAACAAAUAUCACARCCUGA